AGAGAGGGAGAAAUGUACACACAAGCCUGAGACAGCCGAGGACUAGAGACUAGAAGAUUGAGUCAGAGACAACAAAGGACAGAUAAAAGCGUGCGGUUAGAGAAAGCAGCGCGCGAGAGAGAAAGAUAACACGGUGCAGAGGACGACAGAAGAGAGCGAGAGAGAGAGAGAGAGCAACGUGUGUGUGUGCCCGUGAGUGUGUCCUCCUGCCUGGAUCGCCUUUCCCAUCUGGCUCCCAUCUGUGUCGGUGGUUGGGGAGAGCAGGCUGACUGCAGCUCACAUAUGUGGGAAGCCUAACACAUGCCCAGCAUAUGAAGGCAAGCGAACAGGGAAGAAAAGAAAGAGAGAGAGAGAGAGAGAGAGAUAGGAAGAAAGACAGGAGCGUGCACACUUCUCCAUUCUCUCACUCACUCACUUGAGACAGACAGCAGCAGAGGACGAGCAAAGGACGCGCUCAUCACAACUCUUUUGGAAUAAGCCAGACAAACGACGGACUACCUUAGGGAGGAGACAGUGGAGAGAAGAAGAAGGUCUCUGCCAUGCCCGGUUCCCCCGUGGAUGUGAAGACUCAUUCCAGACCGGCUCCCUCCGCCAUGCCUCCUCUCCCCUCCGUCAACCCCAGUGGCCCGCGGCCAGCCGCCUUCUCCUCCACAGCGCUGACCAACGGGAUGAACCACUCGCCGCCCACCCUCAACGCGGUGCCCUCCCCGCCGCAGCGCUAUAGCAACGGCCCGUCCUCCUCCUCCUCGUCCUCGCUGGCCAAUCAGCAGCUGCCGGCCACCUGUGGCGCGCGGCAGCUCAGCAAGCUCAAGCGCUUCCUCACCACGCUGCAGCAGUUCGGCAACGACAUCUCGCCCGAGAUCGGCGAGAGCGUCCGGAACCUGGUGCUGGCCCUCGUGAACUCCACUGUGACCAUCGAGGAGUUCCACUCAAGACUGCAGGAGGCGACCAACUUCCCCCUGCGGCCAUUCGUCAUUCCUUUCUUAAAGGCCAACCUGCCCCUGCUGCAGAGGGAGCUGCUGCACUGUGCGCGGGCGGCCAAGCAGACCCCGGCCCAGUACCUGUCCCAGCACGAGCACCUGCUGCUCAGCACCACCGCCCCCUCCCCGCCCGACUCCACCGAGCUGCUGCUCGAGCCCCGCGACGACAAGAGACACAGCCCCAGCAGGGGAAAGGAGAACGGUUUUCACGAGCGCCCCCCGGCCUCGCUGGAGCCCCCGACCAAGCGCAUCUGCACCAUCAGCCCGGCGCCCCGCCACAGCCCCGCCCACCCGCUGCCGCUGGCCAAUCAGAUCCACCCCACGCCGCCGCCCCUGCAGCACUACGCCAUCGACGACAUCGCCGCGCCGCACCUCUACAGGGAGCCCCACCGCAUCCUGGAGCUCAGGGAGCUCAAAGACAGACCCCGCGUACCAGGCACAAAUGGAGGCUACCGUGAGGAAUCCGUGGACCACAGGCUGACUGAAAGGGAAUGGGCCGACGAGUGGAGACAUCUUGACCAUGUCCUCAACUGUAUCGUGGACAUGGUGGAGAAGACGCGGCGCUCGGUCAACGUGCUGCGGCGGUGCCAGGAGGCCGACCGCGAGGAGCUCAACUACUGGCGGCGGCGGCUCAGCGAGCAGGAGCAGGACCCCCGCAAGGCUGGACCGGGGGCGCCCCCCUUCUCCAAGACCCACAGCCCACACACGGCCGAGGGACUCGGCACAGAGACACAGAGAGACUUCUCAAACCACCCAGGAUCGGCUUAUGUGUCUGAUGAGAUCUGGAGGAAAGCCGAGGAAGCAGUGAACGAGGUGAAGCGUCAGGCCAUGGACGAGGUGCAGAAGGCGGUGGCAGAGGCCGAGCACAAGGCCUUCGACAUGAUCACGGCCGAGAGAGCCAAGAUGGAGAAGACUCUGGCCGACGCCAAGAGGAAGGCCACGGAGGACGCCAUCCAGGUCAUCAACGAGCAGGAGGACUCCAGCGAGUGCUGCUGGAACUGCGGGCGCAAGGCCAGCGAGACGUGCAGCGGGUGCAACGCGGCGCGCUACUGCGGCUCCUUCUGCCAGCACAAGGACUGGGAGCGCCACCACCUCAUCUGCAGCCCCACGCUGCAGGCGCAGCCCAAGCCGCUGUCGCUGUCCGCCGCCGCCGCCCUCAGCGCCCGCCUCCUGUCGGCCAAGGGCCCCGACGGCGCCCCGGCGCCCAGCCCCAGCGCAGCAGCAGCAGCAGGAGGACCUGCGGGCAUGGACAAGGCCGCCUCCGGCGCCUCCACGCCCUCCACCCCCACCGCCUCCACCCCAGAGGCCAACGGACACUAGAGCGUGACGGGGGUGCGGGUGUGGUUGCGGGUGGCGGAUGACGCAGCUGAGGAACUGCAGCAGAGACACACAUAGGGAGACAGGAGGAGCGUGGAGGAGCCAUGAUGCAUGUGCUAUGUAUAGGGACUUAAAGGAGCACGCGCACGUAGCAGAGGGUGGGAAGAGCAGCUGUGAAAUCAGGUGGAACAUUUUGCUGGCAGUUUAGGUGUGAUGACAUCGGAGGAAACGGAAUGGACUUCAAAACACAUCAGUUGGAGAAAUGGACAAUCCUCCAGAAGAGUUGACAGCGUGUGUGUGUGUGUGUGUGUGUGUGUGUGUGUGUGUGUGCGCGUGCGCGUGCAUGUGUGUGUGUGUGCAUGCACUUCUUCACCUGAUGAUGCUGGCCAGCAGAAAGCAUGAAAAAAAAGACACUUGAUUUUUCAUGUCCGAGUUUCCUGGUUGGUGGCACCAGUAACCAUGGCGAAUUCCCUGUGCUUUUCCCUCCCGUGUUCUCAGCUGUAGACUGAGGAAGAGAACUGAUAAGCAUUAAAUAUUGUCUCACCACAUCACAAGAAAUGCUCUCUCUACCUUUCUAUUAUUAUUGUAUAGUAUUUGGUGUUGUUCAUUGUAAUGCACGCACAAAUUAUCGUCAGGUUGGUGAGCGUGAAUUUGUAUGUAUGUAUGUGUGUUGUUCUGCCCGAAUGUGAGUUUGUGUGUCGGUACUUAUGUGUUUAUAGAUGAGGGGAGGUUUAGGAGGACUCUGAGGGUUCUUUUCUUCUGUUCAAAUGAAAUGACAUUUACAGUUUAAAGCAUUUGUGUAAUAUCAGAGCAAUAUAAAAGAACAUGUUCAGGAAUCAUGCGCAAUCAUGUGUGGCCAAAGUCUCAUUGUCUAACGGUUGUAUCUUACGCAUGGAUAGGCUUGACAUUAAAACUUACAUGGAAAGAGCUUAUGUCAUUAUCAUCAUGUCAUCAGAAAGUGACGGUCACAGGCCAGGAUUUGGAAGCACAACUUUAAACCAUAUCACAUAAACAACAGAAAAAAUGCUUCAUAUUUACUCAUCGUCAUUUGUAACAAAUCAACAACCUGUAAAAGCAGCCUCUCGGACCAUCCAGUGCUGGUGCUGGUGGGUGGUUUCACAGUGUGGGUGUUGACCUGGGUGCUAUUUAAUGUCCAGAGAGAGGGGAGGUCCAUCAUGUUAAAGUCUGUGAGUGUCUGGCAGCCCUGUAAGUUUACGGUGAACGGUGUUUAACCUGUCGGUGUUACAGUAAAGGCUCAGAGCGUCUGAAUCUCAGGAGUUACACGUUAUUUCCAAGGACAUAUUCCUUCCUUUGUCAUGUUUAGAUCAGAUAAAGUACAGAACAUAGAGCCUUUGUUUCUUAACUUUGUUGUCUUGUUAUGUUAUGUUAUGUUUUGUCUUUCUUAUGAUACACAGCAGAAUUGAUUCCAUUAUUUUUUCAUUAUAAAAAUGUCAUAUCUGUAAAAAAAAAAGAUUAUCCUAAAAGAAUAUCUUUAUUUUGUGAGCCACGUUGUUCUUCAACAACACGUUUUGGUGAGACUUCAUAAGAAAGGGAAUAUUGAUGAGAAGUAGAGCAUAAAAUAAAAUAAAGGAAAUGAUGUGAA